AUGUCAACCAUCUCGUCCACUGCUGUAGACAACAUCAAACGCAUUGUCGACGCCGCUGUCGCCAACCCUACAAAAGACCUCCCUGGCGCUUCCGUCGUCGUCGUCAACCGUCGCGGUGAUCUCCUCAUCGAUUACGCCGCAGGCCUCCAGGGCCUCGAGCCUGGCGCUAACCCUCUCAAAUCUAAUGCGGUAUACUGGCUAGCUUCUUGCACAAAACUCGCAGUUGCUGCACUGGCUCUUGUGGCCGUCGAAGAAGGCAAGAUUUUUUUAGACGACUCCAAGCAGAUAGAAAAACUGUGCCCAGAACUCCGCUCAAUCCCUAUUCUCGAAAGCAUUGACAAGGAAACUGGAAAAAUCGUGCUUGUGCCCAAAACAAAAAAAAUUACCCUAAGAAUGCUCCUCACACAUACCGCUGGCUUCUCUUACACACACCUUAACCCCAAACUCGCCGCUUAUGGUCGCAUCUUUGGGAUCAACGAAGGCACAGGCCUGGAUUCAAGUGUUCUUAUGCCCCUCAUCAGUGAACCGGGUACUAGAUUCUCAUACGGCGUCGGUGUCGACUGGGCAGCUAACGCCAUUACCCGCGCAUACAACCGUACCCUCGACGACCUCAUCCAGGAAAAGCUCUUUGUUCCCAUCGGCAUCAAAGACACAACUUUCAUCCCUAAUAAAGACAUGAAGGAUCGCACAGUCACUGUUUCUUUCCGCAAAAAUGACGGAACCCUUGUCCCUACCCCACGCCUCAAGCAUAGAGCUCAGGCUGAGGACCCCACCUACGCUGCCUCCGGAUACCAAUACGGUGGCUCUGGACUGUACACUACCCCACCUGAAUUUUCCAAGCUCUUUGCAACACUCCUCAAUGGUGGUGUCUCACCCUACACCAACACUCGCGUGCUCUCUCAAGCAUCCGUCGACGAAAUGUUUACCAACCAGAUCCCCGAUUGGCCUGAUUUUGGCCGCCAGUACCCUAUGACUUCUUGUAUUCCAGCAGUCGCAAACUCGCUUCCUGAGAUCUUCCAUCAGCCAGGUAAUCCUCCUCAAGGCUGGGGGCUCACUUUUUUCCUUAACCUUGUGCCCCUCUCUACUGGCCGCAGAGCCUAUUCUGCUUACUGGUGCGGCAUCUCAAACUUAUACUACUGGAUUGAUCGCGAGGCAGGAAUUGCAGCUUUUGUGUCUGCACAGAUUUUACCUUUUUCAGAUGAAAAAAUGAUUCGCUUUGUAGAUAAAGUUGAAAGAGAGAUCUACAAGGGACUCCAAGAAAAACCAAAAUUGUAA